AUGACAGCCUCCAUUGAAAUACUGCAGUCCGAUUAUAAUUUGAACUUUCAACCUGGGGACUCAUCCCUCCAUGAGCGACUGUCCGACUUUCUUAAGACCAAGGCGAAUCUGGUGGAGGAGAGGAAGUGGAUGAUACACCUAGGAACCCAUACCAUCAUCGUCCGGGACCAACUUACCAAGGUGUUCCAAACCAUCCUGGCAGUGAAAGAUAUUGUGACUACUGCGGCAAAUGCAAGUCUCCCAGCCUCACUUGCCUGUGCUGGAAUAAUGGCCUGUUUUACGACGGUCAUCCAAGCAGCAGAGCAGCAUUCCCAUCUCCUGCAAGGAUUAGAAUCUGUUUCUGAGUUAAUUUGCCGAUUGCACGUAAUGGAGCGCCUUUAUCUGCACUCGGACACGAAACAGGACAUUGGCCUCCUUGAUGACCUUCGGAAAACUAUGAUUUCUUUUUACUCAAAGAUAUUGGAGUUCCAGGCCCGGGCGCUCUGCUAUUUACACAGACCCCGAGCAUACCAAUUCUGGAGAGAUGUCCUUAACCGCGACGGCUGGGCUAACCUGCUGCAAGAAUUUGAGAGAUACCAGAUCACGCUAGGUCGAACUACUUCGGUUAUUGCAGAUGCAGGAUCAAUGCAAAGACACGAAGAGCUUCAGAACAAGUACCAAGCGAUACUGGAGGCCUUACACAAUCGCGACAUAUGGACAGCUACGUCCGAUCGAGAUGAGAAGGUGAAACGAUUCCUCAACCUGCUCUACACCUGUCCCUAUAAGGACCGAAAAGACCGAAACAGCAAGCGUGUCCUUGGAACCUGUGAAUGGUUCAUAGGGCAUGAGAAAUUCCAUGCCUGGCAAGGGAGUUCAGGAAACGGCCUCUCAAGUCUACUAUGGGUGUCGGCUGAUCCAGGAUGUGGCAAGUCAGUCUUAACUCGAUAUCUCGUGGAUGAGGUUCUUGUCAGCAAUGAUAAGCGAACAGUCUGCUAUUUCUUCUUUAAAGACGACUUUACCGACCAGAAGAGCGCAACGAGCGCGCUUUCAGUCAUAUUAAGGCAGCUAUUUAUAGCGCAGCCUCACCUUUUGCACGACGCAAUACUGGAUAAAGCGGACACUGACAGUAGCAAGCUUACUCAGUCAUUCUCAGAGCUGUGGAGUAUACUCAUGUCUGUUUCGACCGAUCCAAAGGCGGAAGAAAUAAUUUGUCUCCUUGAUGCCUUAGACGAGUGCCACGACGAGGACCGGAGCCGGCUCAUCAACGCUGUCAACGACUUUUAUGCAAACACCCACAAGAAUAGCAAACUGAAGUUCUUGAUUACAAGUAGACCAUAUGAGCAUAUACGGCGUGGAUUCUCCCCUCUUAUCACAGAAUCACCCACCAUCCACUUAAGUGGUGACGACGGGAAAGAGGCUGAGCAGAUAACUCAUGAAAUAAAUCUUGUCAUCCGAAAAAGAGUGCAGGACAUCAGCAAGCAAAGAUCGCUGAUGAAGGAGGAAUGCACAAUGCUCAUAGACAGGCUUACUUCGGUUCAAAAUCGAACUUAUCUGUGGGUGAGUCUGAUAUUAGAUGUCCUCGAGAAUACCCCGGAGUUCUCAAAAGGUAAAGUCCAUCGGAUACUGAGUGACCUACCCACCACCGUUGACAGUGCCUAUGAGAGAAUCUUGGAUCGAAGUCCAGAUAUGGAAAAGGCUAAGAUAGUUCUUCAUAUUAUUACGGCAGCUAUGCGACCUCUCUCCCUGGAAGAACUGUCUCUGGCCCUAGCACUCAGCGCAGGCUAUCAAGCCCCAACAGAUAUAGUUGAUAACAUGGAGCCAACGCAUCGCUUCAAAAAGACCCUAAGAGACCUUUGCGGGCUCUUUGUGAUCAUUCUGGAUGACAAGGUCUAUCUUCUGCAUCAGACCGCGAAAGAGUUUUUGAUGACUUUCCUCAGGAAUGUAUGCUAG